AUGCGCGAAUGGCGGUUUCUGUCACAAUUCAUAUCUGGGAAUUGUCUCUGUAUUGUCUAUCCUGCAGUAUUCUUUUCAGCGACCCGGUUUGUCUUCUGUUGCGUUGUUCACUUUCUCCUCGCCUUACAUUUGUUGUUUAGUCAGGAUGCUUCACCAUCCAGGACGGUCUGUAGCAAGGCCAUCUCAGUAGUCACUGCUGAUCUUUUCUGGAUCCCUUCCCCUCUUCUUGAAUUCAUUCUUGAAUUCCUUCGUUCAUUCCCUCUUUCUUUUUGGGUACUUCGUUUUUUCAUUCAUAAUUUCUUUGAUUCCUGUCUUUGUUCGUUCCUUAUUUUUUUUCUUGUAUUCAUUCGUUCUUUCGUUUUUCUUUGUUUCUUUCGUUCUUUCUUUCCUUUUUUUCUUUCUUGGUUUUCUUCGUUCGUUACUUCCUUCUUUCUUUCUUGGAUUCCAUCGUUUGUCCUUUUUGUCUUUUGGGGUUCAUUCCUUAUUUUUGUUCUUUCUAAGAUUCCUUCGUUCGUUCUUCUUAAUUUCUUCUAUUCUUGCGGUGUUCGUUCCUUCUUUUUUCUUGGAUUUCUUCGUUUGCACUUUCCUUUUUACUUUCUUAAAUGCCUUCGUUUUUCUUUCCUUUUUUCUUUCUUGGAUUCUUUCGUUCAUUCUUUCGUUCGUUCUUUCCUUCAUAAUUUCUUGGAUUCAUGCGUUCGUUCGUCCUUUCUUGUUUUUCUAGGAUUCCUUUGUUCACUCGUUUCUUUUUUCUUUCUUGAAUCCAUCGUUCUUUCAUUCGUUUUUGAUUUCUUGUUAUUCUUCGUUAGUUCCUUUUUUUUCUUUCUUGGAUUCAUUCGUUCGUUAUUUCUUUCUUUUUGUUCGUCCAUUUUUUUUAAAGAUUCCUUUGUUCAUUCUUUCCUUCGUUCGCUUGUUCCUUUAUUCUUUCUUGGAUUUCUUCCUCCGCUCGUUUCUUUUUUCUUUCUUAAAUCCCAUCAUUCUUUCGUUCCCGCUUUCUUUCUUGGAUUCCUUCGUUCCAGUCUUCUUUCUUUCUUUUUUACUUUCUUCUUUCCAUUUCUCUUUUUUUUUUUUUUUUGUCGAUUUUAG